AGAUCGAAAACUAUUCCAAUUCGAAAGGCAUGUCGAUCAUCUUUAAGAACGCAUGUCUUUUGCGGCAAUUUAUAAAUCCUAACUCAUUAUGCCUUACUCAAAUUAGAUGGUCAAGAUACGAUGUUCGAAGUAACUACCUCGAACCAACUAUUGACAAGAAAGAAUUACACAGCCCCCUCUCCGAAUUGGAUGAGCGAAGAUAUAGGCCAAUAAAAGCCGCUCUAGAUGAACAUAAUACACUUCUCAACUAUGACCCACUCAUCAAGCGUUUCACAAGGCACUUAAUGAAAAAAGGAAAUAAAAAUUUAGCACGAUACGUUACAGAAAUGGCUUUAGAAAAUGUUAAAAUAAUUCAAUUAAAGAAAUAUCAUAAAGCAGAGACUGAAGAAGAAAAAUCAAGGAUAGAACUCAAUCCGAGGAAAAUCUUCUCCCAAGCUGUUGAAAAUUGUAAACCCUUGUUAAUUUUGCAAAAAGUGGUUAGAGGAGGAGUUAUGUACGAAGUACCUAUACCUGUUAUGCCUAAUUAUCAAACGUAUAAGGCAUUCUAUUGGUUAGUCGAAGCUGCCAAGGAGAAAGAGAGAAAUACAAGAAUCUGGGAUAGUUUGGCUAGAGAAUUAAUAGAUGCAUCAAAUAGUGAAGGUAAAGCAGUAAGAAAGAAAAUUGAACUACACCGAACUUGCGAAGCUAAUAGAGCGUAUGCUCAUUAUAGAUGGUAAUUUAAUAUACUUUUUUGAACUGUUUUUGUUGAUACUAAUUGAUGAAGAAACUAUCCAAUACAAUCUUCAUAAAAUAAAUAAACUAUGAAUAAUCGAUCA